AUGAUAAAUGAUACAAUUAUUCCUAAAAAAUAGAAAAUUAGAGAAUUGUAUUUUUGUCUUCUGAUACCAAUUGUUACAAUUGCAACACUGAUAAUCCAAAGUAGAGAACUAAUUGUAAAAUAUUUAUUAAUUACAAUAUAGUAAUCAAAAUGGCUAUAGUAAAUGAAAUGGUUGUUAAUUUAUUUAAGCCAAGUAAUUUGA